CUGGCGGUUGCUUUGGGAACACACGCAAUGUGUGGUGAUUUCAGAUGUCAAUUGCAGCGUCUCUCUCGCUCGAUCAUGUUUGGUUGAAAAGGAGAAUUUUUUUUAACCUCCAGUGGGGUAGUUGGGAGUAAGAUGUAUGAUGUUUUGAGGUUGCAAAACAAAUGCUUUGGACGGAGAUCUGUGCACGGCGUGUUCGCGGGUAAUUUCGCCCAACAAGAAAUGUCGUUAAACAAGAUCAAGUAUUAAGUUGACUUAAAACAAUCGUACUGGGGCAAGGCGAAGGCGUUGAUCAGUUCACCAUAAACGUUAACAAGCGCUAUUUGCAUAGCUUUUAAUGCUUUUCUGCAGCGGAAUUAGGAAAUCUUGACUGUAGGAGAUGAAUUGGUUCUCGGCACUGGAUUUCUUGGCGCUCUGCUUAACUUUCUUUCAACAUAAGCUUGGCGCUGUUCAAGGAUAUGGGGACGAAGACGAACGAAGAUGCGAUCCCAUCAAAAUCUCAAUGUGCCAGAACCUGGGAUACAAUGUGACCAAAAUGCCGAAUCCAGUGGGGCAUGAGUUACAAACAGACGCCGAGUUACAGUUACAAACAUUUACACCUUUGAUUCAAUAUGGCUGUUCCAGUCAACUGCAGUUUUUUUUAUGCUCGGUUUAUGUGCCGAUGUGCACGGAGAAAAUCGACAUCCCGAUUGGCCCGUGUGGCAGCAUGUGCCAGUCUGUGAAGCGGAGAUGUGAACCUGUCCUGAAAGAAUUCGGCUUCUAUUGGCCGGAUGCGUUAAACUGCAGCAAAUUUCCACCACAAAACGACCACAACUACAUGUGCAUGGAAGGGCCGGGAGACGAGGACGUUCCCUAUCACACCAGCAAAACUUCCAUUUCAGCGGAAGAAGAGUGCCAGAGCAUGGGGGGCAACUUGGAUCAUUAUAUCUGGGUCAAGAGAAGCCUCACUUGUGCCCUGAAAUGUGGUUACGAUGUCGGUUUGUUCAGUAGAUCGGCCAAAGAGUUCACUGACAUCUGGAUGGCAGUUUGGGCCAGUCUGUGUUUUCUAUCAACAGCGUUCACUGUUCUGACAUUUGUAAUCGAUUCUUCUCGAUUUUCGUACCCAGAACGCCCUAUUAUUUUCCUGAGUAUGUGCUAUAAUAUUUACAGCAUAGCCUACAUCGUGAGGUUAACAGUAGGCAGAGAACGUAUAUCAUGUGACUUCGAAGAUGCCGCCGAACCUGUCUUAAUUCAAGAAGGACUCAAAAAUACUGGAUGUGCCAUUGUUUUCUUGCUGAUGUACUUUUUUGGGAUGGCGAGCUCCAUCUGGUGGGUAAUCUUGACACUGACAUGGUUUUUGGCUGCUGGGCUCAAAUGGGGACACGAAGCCAUCGAGAUGCACAGUUCGUACUUCCACAUUGCAGCAUGGGCCAUCCCGGCUGUAAAGACAAUUGUAAUAUUGAUCAUGCGACUAGUGGAUGCUGAUGAGCUCACGGGCUUGUGUUACGUUGGAAACCAGAACAUUGAUGCAGUCACUGGGUUUGUGGUUGCACCUUUAUUCACUUAUUUAGUCAUAGGGACUUUGUUCAUUGCAGCUGGCCUAGGGGCUUUGUUCAAAAUCAGAUCUAAUCUUCAGAAAGAUGGGACCAAAACGGACAAGCUAGAAAGACUGAUGGUAAAAAUUGGGGUCUUUUCCGUUCUGUAUACAGUACCUGCCACCUGUGUCAUUGCCUGUUACUUUUAUGAAAUAUCAAACUGGAAUCUUUUCAAGUAUUCAGCAGAUGAUUCCAAUACAGCAGUGGAGAUGCUGAAGAUCUUUAUGUCUUUGUUGGUGGGCAUCACUUCUGGUAUGUGGAUUUGGUCUGCUAAGACAUUGCAUACUUGGCAAAAAUGUUCAAACAGACUCGUGAGUUCUGGACGAACAAAGCGAGAUAAACGUGGAGAUGGCUGGGUUAAACCAGCAAAAGGCAGUGAAACCGUUGUAUAAAUGUGUAAACAUUGGAAGAAGCAAGGAAUAAUGUCCCUUGUGUGUUUACAGAAGCUGGAUUUCAAAACAUCACAAAUCAAAUUUGUCUAGUUUCUCACCCUAUCUUAUCAUUUUUAGAAAGUCCAGAAUAAAUGCGGAUGCUCCUUUAGAACUGAAGAAAAUUAGCCUAAGAAUUUUAGGAAAAAAUGUACAUCAUCGAAUGAAAAUGUUUCCUAAGUAUACAGUCCAACAGAAUGUGACUGUUUAUACUGCAUUUGGUCCAAGAAGAUGAUCUCAUUACCAGAUUUUGGAAUCUAAUAUCUUUGUGUAGUAUAUUUUAGUAGUUUUUAUUGUACUUUUGGAAAAGCAGAGUAUGUAAGCCAAAGAAAGGAGAGUAAUGGUUCUUACAUGAAACUUCAUAUAAAUAACCAUUAUGCUCUAUAAACAUUGCAAUGUCUAAAUGGAUAUAUUUGAACUGAAAUAAAUUUCAGUUUCAGUUGAAGAGCAACUCAACCAUCUCACAUAGACAUUAAAUAUUGUACACUGGAAUCAUGGAGCUAAAUAUGAAUGUGUGGUUGAAGCACAACUAAUAGCCAGCAUUGCAAUCCAGACAGCAUUGUGCACUAUACCCAGCCUUUGCACAAACUGAAAUAGGCUGUUCUUUACUGAUGUUUCUGCACAAAAAUCUGUCUGCUGGUUCUGUAUGUGUAUCCGAACUUGUGUAUGGACAUUUUAAACAUGACAGACUGAUAUAUGUGGAGAAAUGCUAGUCAGUAUGAGCCCAGGUGCUUGAAAUUCUCAGUGCCUUAAAUGCAGAUUGACUGCAAGAUGCUUCAUGCAGGGCAACAUUCAAAAUAUUUCCUGUAUUUUGCCAUGAAGGGCUGUCCAGGGACCCAUUAUGAUAAUUAAUCCUUUGAGGACUGUUAGUGGUGUGGCUCCAAAAAUAAAGAUCCACGGAGAGAAUAUUGUGAGCCUAGUAGUCUAUACAAUCCUAUAACUAUAAAAGCAAAAAUCUGCACCUGAUGUAAAUGACCAAUAAAAAUAGAAAGUUCUAGAAAUACACAGUGAGCAAGUCAGCCUCUGUAAGGAAAAAAGACCAGUUAUGACACUUCAAUGGGGUAGCCUGAACUUGAAAUGUCAUCAUCUGUCUCUUUACAGUUGCUGUGUUCUUCUGGCAUUUUCUAUUUUUAUACAAUUGUAUACAUUUCACUAAAAGGGAAGGAAAGCCCUGGAAGAGUAUUUUCUAUUAAAAAUAGGUAGGGAGAAGCAAUAUGCACCCUGGAGUGGCUUCAAUCAUUUUAAUGUAUGUUGCCACUUUGGACCAGACUUGAAGUCAUUUCUAACCCUGUAAAAUAUGGCAUAACAUGGUUGUGUUACAUGCUUCCCAACGCUAGAUAUAUUGUAAUAUUCAGCACUCAAAAUUCACAGAGCAGUGGCCUUGCAAAUUUUAUGUGUUGGAAACUGCUGGCAUGUUUUGAACAUGACUGAGAAAAUUCAGCAGUCAAAGGGUUGACCAUGAUAAUAUCUAGCUAAUAACUGUGGGUUUAAAACUGAAUGAUGGAAUGAUCAACUCUACACCUGUUGUGGGAUCAAGAAAUAUUAUUUUCUAUUGAAUAAUAUCAGAAAAGACAGAACUCAAAAGGAAACUUACAGUAUAUUUGUUGUAUUUAACUCUGUGGCCUGACUAUGCAGUUAAUUUUAAAUUUCACUUGUUCAUUUUUGUCUUUGGACAAUAAUUCUUACUAUAACUAGGCAAGUGAAACCCUGCUUCACUAUAAUUGUAAGAGAAGAAAACUAAUGAGAAAGAUUAGUUACUUAUUAGUGUGUCUGUAGUUUCACAGUCACUCUCUUACUCAUUUUGAAUGUAUACAAAGUAUUCUGUCAUUCAAUGCCAGUUUGCGUUCCAUUAUUAACUAUUCAAUGUUUGUUUUGCAAACGCCCUAGAGCACAUCCUGUGUUUAAUACAGAUGAAUCCCACAUUUUUUGGGGUUCACAUUACCUGAGAAAGCCAAACAGAGACUUCAGGACUUGCUACAGUUUUCAAAAAUAUCAAAACCAAUUUUUAUUACUUGUAAAUGUAUGUGAUGUAAAUUUCUAAUUUAUCUUUGUAAAGGAAAACUUGUCUUCUUAUUUAAAUUACAUUUGUACCUGAGAAAAACAAAAUUAAAUUUCUUGUUUCUUAA